AUGGACUUUUGGCGCCAUCUGCUGCUCGACCGCCUGGUGAGCAGCAAACACAAAAAGCAGGCAAUGAUGCCUUGCAAGAGCCAUACCUGCCAUCUCGUUAAGCCCGACUUCCGUGCUUCUGGCAAGACGAGCCGGUCGAGCUUCUGCGUGGUGGACCACAGCCAGAUGGACCCUCUGCUGGCGAGGGGCUACCACAACCUGCGCUGCAGCCGGCUGGGCCGCCUUCCCGAGGAGCUGCUGCUGAACGUCAUGUGCCGUCUCGGUCCGCUGGACAAGAUGCGUCUGCGCCACGUGUCGCGGCUGUUUAUGCGGCUGUACGAGUCGCGCGAGCUGUCGGUCGGCUUCGGCGCUUUUUUGGUCGCCGGCCUGCCCUGGCGAACGCCGCCCUUUUACGUGCACACGGACCUCGAGAUGCUGACCCGGCUGCUGGCCAACGACCUGGGCGACUACUGCGACGCCUGCCGCCACACGCGACGCCACUUCCGCUGGCCCUGGCACUUUGACCACCUGACGCGCAACCGGCUGUUCUGCGGCCGCUGCCGCCUCCACCACCCGCGCCACCUCUUCUCCGAGCGGGAGCGCCGAAACCGCGACAGCGCCGGCCGCGUCUGCAUCGCGCACCAGGGUGCCGUCCGGCUGUGCAGCCACGCAUCCGUCCGGCUGGCUGACGUGCUGCCGAUCGUGCGCAGCGAGCUCCAGCGCAGCCGCCUCGCGGGCCAGCCGCUCGUAUCCAAGACCCGACUGCUCAUGUGCUCGCACCCCAGCCACCAGCCAGACCACCAGGGUCACGCCCUGCCCCUGUACGAGCCCAAGAAGGCGGCCCCGACGCUCUAUGUCAUCGUCGAUAUGCCCAGGGCCAUGGUCCAUCUGCUGCUCGAGUGGCACGGCCACCUGGUGCUGCCCGGUCAACGACCGGUCACCGCUGAGAUGGUUAACGACGGCAUCGCAAAGCUUCGCGUCGGUGCCGCCGAGUUCAUCUUCCCCGAACUCCCCGGUGGCCGGCUGCCCGAGAUGACCUGCGUGGACCCCCAAAUCGCUGCGUUCUUGUCUGCAUCGACCGGGCAGCGAGCUCAUGCCGGCUGGCUGGGCCGUCUCGGCUCCACGAACCGCCUAUGGACACAGAGAAAAAACAGGCCCGCUGACGAGAAAGAGACCGAGGACACCACCCACAGCCUCCGGAUGUGCUGGACCAGCAACUCUCUUGUCGAUGGCGUGUCUAAGGCGGCUGUCCACCUCAACCGCUGCAAGAGUGGCCAUCCGUCGUGUGUCGAGGUGGAGUGCAGCUCCCGCAUCGAGGUGUUUCCGUUGUCUGACAAAGGCCGUGGCCCAGGCGUCAUGGAGCCGAUGAUUGAGUUUCCGCUGCCGACCUGGAUCCAGGCCCUCGACCCAGACUCCUACGGGAUUACGGGCGACCGGCUCGGCUUCGGCGUCGCCUGGUGUCCCAACCGCGAGUGCAAGAACUACUACCGCUGCCUCAAGAGGCCGUUUAUUUGCCUCAAGGACAUGUACUGGAACGGAGGACAUGGCCUUUUCAGUACUGCAAAACGAAUAUACAGAUAA